AAUGAUAACACAUAACAUAUAAUGCAUGAAAUGAAACUUAAUUUAUUGUUUAUUCCCAUGUGGUGUUGAAAAAUGGACGCGCACAUGAUUUCGUAUUUUACGAGGUUUUAAAAAUGUUUUCGUGUUGUGUCCUGAAACGUUGAACAAGAGAAACUGACUACUUUGUGAGAAAGUGUAGAGAGAAAAUGACAGACAUGCCUCCUUAUCUUGCCGUAAAAGAUGAGGAGAAGAACAGUGGACAAAGUGACAGUGAAUCUUCUUCGGACGUAGAUGACUGGGAUUUGCCCCUGAGUUUCGAUAAACCCCGGCAUCUUGAGGUGAUAAAAGGAGCCGAGCGCGUGGAGCACUCGUGGAGGGUGAAAGAAAAGUACAAGACACACUGUGUGGCACUAGUUCUGUGCCUGAAUGUGGGAGUAGAUCCCCCAGACAUCGUGAAGACGCAGCCAUGUGCCCGGCUCGAGUGUUGGAUAGACCCCAACUCACUUUCACCGAGCAAAGCGUUGGAGAGCAUCGGGCACUCGCUGCAGCUGCAGUACGAGCGUUGGCAGCCGCGCGCCCGCUACAAGCAGUCCCUCGACCCCACCAGUGACGAGGUGAAGAAGCUAUGCUGCUCGCUGCGGCGCAACGCCAAGGACGAGCGGGUGCUAUUCCACUACAACGGCCACGGCGUGCCCAAGCCCACCGUGCAGGGCGAGAUAUGGGUCUUCAACCGGGCCUACACGCAGUACAUCCCGCUGUCGAUGUACGACCUGCAGACGUGGAUGGGCGCGCCGUCGCUGUACGUUUACGACUGCGCCAACGCCGGCGUCAUCGUCGACAACUUCAAGCAGUUCGCCGACCAGCACGAGCGCGAGUAUGAGGCGGCGCUGAGUUCGCGCGGCGCAGGCGAGGGCCCGGCGCCGGCGCCGGUGUCGUACCGCAACUGCAUCCAGCUGGGCGCGUGCGCGGCGGGCCAGAGCCUGCCCAUGAACCCCGAGCUGCCCGCCGACCUGUUCACGGCGUGCCUCACCACGCCCGUCAAGAUGGCCAUGAAGUGGUUCGUGCUGCGCACGCGCACGCGCGUCACGCCGCACAUCGUCAACGAGCUCAUCGACAAGAUCCCCGGGCAGGUGACGGACCGGCGCACGAUGCUGGGCGAGCUGAACUGGAUCUUCACGGCCAUCACCGACACCAUCGCCUGGAGCUCGCUGCCCGCCGAGCUGUUCCAGCAGCUGUUCCGCGCCGACCUGCUCACCGCCAGCCUGUGCCGCAACUUCCUGCUCGCCGACCGCGUCAUGAGGUCGUACAACUGCACACCAGUGUCGAUGCCGGCGCUGCCGUCGCUGGCGCGGCACCCGCUGUGGGCGGCGUGGGAGCACACGCUGGACCUGGCGCUGGCGCAGCUGCCGGCGCUGCUGGACGAGCGCGCGCCCGCCGACUACCGCCACUCGCCCUUCUUCCGCGACCAGCUCACCGCCUUCCAGGUGUGGCUGGAGCUCGGCUCGCCGUCGCGCAGCCCGCCGUCGCAGCUGCCGAUGGUGCUGCAGGUGCUGCUGAGCACGCUGCACCGCGUGCGCGCGCUGCGCCUGCUGUGCCGCUUCCUGGCGCUGGGCGCGUGGGCGGCGCGCGCCGUGCUGGCCGUCGGCAUCUUCCCCUACAUGCUGAAGCUGCUGCAGGCCUCCGCGCACGACCUGCGCGCCUCCAUGGUCUACAUCUGGGCCAAGAUCGUCGCCGUGGACCCGAGCUGUCAGGUCGACCUGGUGAACGCGAAAGGUCACAAAUACUUCUUGUCCGUGCUCGCGGAUCCCACAGUCGACAGCGAACACAGAACGCUAGCAGCUUAUGUGCUCGCAGGGAUCGUGGACAAUUAUCCCGCAGGACAAGAGGCAGCUUUACAGGGAUCCAUGAUCUCAAUCUGCCUGGAGCAGCUGACGGACUCGUCGCCGGCGCUGCGGCAGUGGGCGUGCAUAGCGCUGGGCCGGCUGUGGCGCGCCUACGACGCGGCGCGCUGGGCCGGCGCGCGCGACCUCGCGCACGAGAAGCUGUACCCGCUGCUGCUCGACCACGCGCCCGAGGUGCGCGCGGCGUGCGCGUUCGCGCUGGGCUCGUUCGUGCUGUGGCACGGCGCGCGCACGGAGCACGGCAACGCGCUGGAGCAGCAGGUGGGCGUGCAGCUGGCCGCGCGCGCCGCCGCCGACGCCUCCGCGCUCGUGCGCAUGGAGAUAUUAGCCGCCUUGCAGUGGUUGGUUCUCUCGUUCGAGCAGUAUUUCAUAGCUGUAUAUCUCCAGGAACGUGACAGAAGAAAUUUCAACAAAGGCACCCGCCCGCGGCGGCCGGAGCGGACUAUGGACUUGGAUCGUGCCGUGGAUGCUCUGGCACUGGGCACGCGCUCGCCGCGCUCCUCCGUGCCUGCGUGCGUGCUGCCCUCCAUCGGCUUCGGGUCGGUGUACAUGAAGCUGUGGAGCACGCUGUGCGCCAUGUCGCGCGAGCCGCACCCGCAGGUGGGGCAGAUGGCCGCCGACAUCAUCGCCUACAUCGCCAACCAGGCGGACACGGUGGGGCGCGAGGUGGAGUCCCCGCUGCGUAGCAGCAGCGGCGCGGGCAGCAGCGCGUCCCUGCCGCCGUCGCCCAACACGCGGCCCUCGCCGCUUGCGCAUGCUAGCGAUGUACGCACGCUGCCGCACCCAGGAUCCCGGCGCGCCAAGACCGGCCUCCCACAUACCAUAUCCGAAGAUUCGGUCGCUCAGCGAGACCGCGAGUCCACUCGCGAUCGCGAUUCUACCUCGUCUAAUUCUAGUCAACCGGCCAAGAAGGCGGCGAUAGUGCAGACGGCGUUCGUGGAGUGGGCGGCGGCCACGUUCGGGCAGAGCGACGCGGCCGCCUGCCUGCGCGACCCCGAGGCGCGCGCGCACCACGAGCGCGUGUGGCGGUGCGCGCGCAACCGCAGCCUGCGCCACGAGGCACGAGCGCUGCGCGGCGCGCGCUGCGGCCGGCUGGAGACCCAGGCGUUCCACUCGCGCUGCGCGCUGCCGCCCGCCUGCGUGCUGUUCCACCCCUACGAGCAGCACGCCGCCGUCGCCUCCAAGGACAACUUCGGCAUCUGGGACUGGGGCACGGCGGCCAAGCUGUGCGUGGGCGCGUGGGCGCGCGCGUGGGGCCGCAUCAGCGCGCUGGCCUACCUCAACGCGCACGACCACGCGCUGCUGGCCGUCGCCUCGCACAAGGGCAACCUCGCCGUCUACAGGCCGUCGAGCAGCACAACGGAGCCGACGCUGGUGGCGGCGUGGCGCGCGCUGGACGUGCGGCCGCAGCCCGACUACCGCCCGCCGCCCGCGCAGCCGCUCAUCAGUCUGGCGCAGCUGGUGUCGGAGCAGUUCAUCUCGGCCGACGAGCGGCUCGGCGCGCGCCAGCGGCACGCCGGCGCCGACAUGGUGGCGGGCGGCGUGAUGUCGACGGGCUCCGGCAGCAGUGCGAGCGCGGGCUACAGCGCCACGCCGCCGCCCACGCUGCUGCGCUGGUGCGGGCGGCGCCGCUCGCUGGCGCUGGCCGGGCCCGCGCCCGCCGUGCGCCUGUGGGACGCGCACGUCGAGCUGCUGCAGGCGCACAUCGACACGCAGUGCGAAGCGGGCGUGACGUCACUGUGGCGCGGCAGCGACGGCAGCGGCGGCGGGUCCGGGGGGGCGGCGCACGAGCUGGUGUGCGGCUUCGCGGACGGCAGCGUGCGCGCCUGGGACGAGCGCGCGCCCGCCGCGCCCGCCUACAGCCUGCAGCACCACGCCGCGCCCGUGCUGGCCGCCGCCGCCAGGCACGACCGCCACGCGCUCGUCACCGUCUGCUCUUCAGGCUUCGUGCGCGUGUACGACGCGCGCAAGCUGGCGGCGUGCGUGUGCUCGGCGCGCGCGCCCGGCCCGCUGGCCGCCGCCGACGUGCACCCGCUCGCCGACGUCAUGGCCUGCGGGUCGGUGAACCAGUGCAUCAGCAUCUUCGACCUGAAGGGCGGGCUGCUGAACAGCAUCAAGCACCACGAGGGCUUCAUGGGCGCGCGCAUCGGGCCCGUCGCCUGCCUCGCCUUCCACCCGCUCCGGGUGGCGCUGGGCGUGGGCUCCAAGGACUCGUCCGUGUGCGUGUACGUGGCGGAGGCGCGCCGGUGACCCUCGCUCUACAGCCUCGCGCUGCCGCUGCCCUUCCACCAGUGAGCGCUGCAGCCCAGCUCCGCGCGGGCGGCAGCGGGCGCGAGGCCCCGCCCCUGAACGUGCUCGUGGCUCCCCGCGCCCGCAGCCCCCGCACUCCGCCGGAGGCCUGGCUGGGUGGGGCGGACGCCUGUAUCGCCUGUCGUUGAUCAAUUACAAUUAUUUUGACUCGCGAACUCUUUAAUGAUUUUUUAUACUUUCGUUUUGUCACUAGAACGCUAUAGAUCGGCGACAGGGAGCCCGGUGACGUUUGUGGAGGCGAGCGUGCACGUCACGUUUGGUGCUACCGUAUACUGGCGCGUGACUCCGCGCGACUUCGUUGACAGAAUUGACACUGACGUGAUCGCCCGUGAGCGAGACCGUUCCUCCGCUCUGAGGAUGUGAGGUGGGCCGACGGUGGUGCGUCGAUCGUUCGGACGGCUGCUACGUUUCGCCUUCAGCGCGGCGGUCGCGCUCACACGGAUCCAUCGAUGUACUGUGCCCUCGAACUCCGAGGGGACGCUGACAAUGCAAAUAUCAUUGCUAAUAUAGCCAAAAACCUAUGUUAUACAAUAAUAUUCACAAAUAUAUCGCUUUAAGUAUGUACUUUUCAAAUAGUGAUCUAACCGACACUGCUGUGUACUUUACCAGUGGUACAAACGACAGCACAUCGAGCUAAACACUGGCAUGCGUCUUAUGUCGUUACAAUGAUAUGGCCUAUUUUGCAGCAAAAAUGUAUAUAUGCUGAUAUGCUGUCGACUGUACAAUAUUUAUGAUUAUUUAUUUCGCAGUGUAUUAUACUCGACGCUUAUUACGUCGACCGAUGAGAUGAGUUAACUUGCACUUGCUUGCGCGACCAAUGUUAAAAAUAUAAUAUUUUAUAUCUGUGUAUUAAAGUUAUGAAUUUCAUGAUGCUACAGCAUCUUGAAACAUGAAUUUGACAUUGCAGAAUUUUCAGACUAGAAACGCUUCCGAGUAAUCACUACACUUUAUUGUACUACUCAAGAUUUUUAACAUUGUCACGCAAUACGUAUCGUUACAAAAUACAGAUGGUGUGAGCGUAUACUAAUUAGAAUAGGACUACGUAAAACUAGCACAUGCCAUCAAUGAAGUGUUCAAACGGUGCUAGGUCGGGACACGUCGCCUGCUCGCCCGCGCCGCGGCGAGGCGGCAGCAAACAUAUUCCUAGUUAAGGUUCAAUUUGAGAUUUUUUAUCUCAAAGAUUGCUAAAGUAACCACCGUGUAAUAAAACACACCAGCUGUAAAAACUAAAAAGGUACUUAGUUUUUGUACAAGAAAACAAUAUUUUUUUGUUUGAAAUAUUUUUUGUGAUUGCUGAUUUACUGAAAGUUCCUAAGACUUAAUAAAUAUUAGAUGCCAUUUUAAUUUAAAUAGGGUUUCGUUCAUUAUAUUUAAGUGGCCAAUUUUGUGUUCACUGUAUUUUAUUUGUUUUUAUUUAUAAUUAGGUAGAAAGUAGGUGCAUGAGUAUAACCGAAGAAAUUAUUUUCAACUUUUAAUUAUUAUGAUGAUCAAUCAGAACAUGUACAUUUUCAAUUAUGAUGAAAUGCAGCUAUUAUACCUGUCUAGUUUAAGUGAUACAAUGAGCAUUUAACAUUAUGAAUAGUCUGUAAUUAUUAGUAAUUGGUUAGGUAUUGUUCAUAUGAACAAAAAUAAAAUUAUUAAGGUUUUAACCCAAUGAAUUAAACACCCAUACAAUUUGUGACUGCAGUGUCAAAAUACUGUGGCUAAAAAUAAAUUGAUGUAAUCAUGUAACAGUGUGUUAAUGUAAUUAUGAACAAACUUGAUCAUUUUUGUGCACAUUAUGGCACUUAUCUAUCAAUGGAUUUAGUUUUGCUUUUACAUACCUACUGUGUAAUUUAAAUGUACAUUUUACAUAAUAAUUGUUGUUGUUAAAAUAAAAUAUGAUAAACA